GACGGUAAGCGCGCACUCAUUUCUCCAACUCACGUGGGCUUGUGGGAAUCGAGUUAUGCUGAAAAUCCCCUUUUCUGGGGCCGAGCGUCUCUCUCUCUCUCUCUCUCUCGAUCCCCUCCCCACCGCUCUUUCUCUCGAUUUCUGGCUCAUGUUAGAUCCUGUCUGCUUCAGCAACGUCCGAAACCCCACCUCCUCCUGUCUCUCUCUCUCUCUCUCCACCUCGUCUCAGGCGGCGUGGAAUCCUGGCUGUGUUUAAUUGCCGAGUGGUAAGAUCUGAGGGAAAGAUCGGGAGCCGCUGCGUCUGUCAACGCUUUACGAGCCCCAACCCCGGGAGAGAGAGACAGGGAAGGUGUAGGAAGGAAGUGUUUGAAGUUUGGGAACGGGUGAGUUGGGGAAUUUGUACGCAGUGGGGAGGUGAAGAAAGAGGUGAAACGCUGAAGUAAGAUUUAGAGUUGGAGGAAAAAAAAGAGGGAGGGAAAGAAAAGAGGCCCACCGUUGGAGAAAGGGCAACAAGAGGGAAAAGUGGGAAAACAAGAAUAAGUUAGAAAAAGGAGGAAGGAAGGAAGGAAGGAAGGAAGGGGGAGGUGAGCGAAAAGUUAGAGAGGGAGAGAGAGAGACAGUCAAACGCAUUGAACGAGAGGAGACGCAGAUGAGAAAAACAGACGCUGUGGAUGGCCUGGGUGGAGAGAGAACCAGUUGUUUUCUAAGUCGCCUUUCGGACUGGAAUGCACUCGGAGAAUUUGAGAUUCCCGACGCCUUACUGCCAACCUUGCUUGCGACACGCGCCGGGCCCCGCCGACGGAUCAUGUCUGCUUAUGGAGUCCAGCGUAGCCCCGUUCCCGAAGGAGUUGGGUAUGGAGCGAGUGGAGAGGACUGGAGCAUCUCCGGUUUACGCCGAGGAGAUCCGGCAUCCAUGCUACAGGUGGGACUCGCCGUGCGUUCAGGAGAUACGGCGGGAGUGCGGAUGUGUCCAGCGGUGGUAUUACCCGGAGCUGUUGCAUCCCUUCAACGGCGACCAUGUUUUGAAGGUCAGAGGUCAGCGGUGCUACUCAUCCUACGUCCAGGAGUGGGACAACGUUCAUCAGCCUGAAUACAACGGACAUUGCGAGAGGAGACGGGUGUCAUUCCGGCAUCACGAGGAGCGACCCGAGACUGGCAGACAAUCACACUGUAACGGGCCGAACUCUGGACACGCGGGUUUUUUCCCAACCGAGGUGCCCUCCAGCAAGUUGGGAUGCUCCAGGGCACUCGGGAACGGGCUGCAGGUGAACGGACCGCAGCGGGAAGUAAGGACGUCUCGGGGGGACGCAGGUCUGGAGAAACAUGGCAAGCAGAGGAAGAGCCAGGGAACAGUACGGGAACAGAUCAAAAAAGUGGUCACAGAGCUCGAGGAAGUGCUGGGUGGUCUCAAACAGGUCCAGUUGGAGAUGAAAGAGGUUGUCCAACAGAUCGACAUUCUAACGUCCAAUAUUGACCUUGGCGAAGACGAACCAAUUCUAUCCAAUGGACUCUCCCAAGAUGCCACCAAAAGCAGUCGAACUGGUGUUGUGGCAUUGAUGCACAAUUCAAACGGCGAAGAGGACAUGUCAACUUCCAAUUCCUCUCUCGCACACAGCCCUGUCACUGUGGAUUUAGUUCAUAUUAACAGUCCUUGGCCGAUGAGAAACCGCACAAGCCCGUCCCCUCCUGAGCAACGAUCCGUUACUGUUGAGGAUAAAGGCAAACGAGUUGUGAAACAGAGCUCAGAGACUCAAAGGACUCAAAGGACGGCCAAUGGAAACUGCCUACCACAUCGAACGGCAAGGAAAGGCCAACUGGAAAACCACAGACCCCCUGUAGCUCCAGUAGUGAGCACUAACUCAAAUAAAACCCACCGGCCUCCACCUUACCCUCAGAACGGACAGGUGAAGAUGAGGACCCCUCCCUAUCCUGGAAAACAUAAGACGCUCUCCUCCACCAUAGUAUUACGGCGAGCUUUGUUGUUCGCCCUGCAGGCAGAGGAAUGGUGUUGAACGCUGUGCGAUUCAAAAGCCGAUCCUGCAUGGCAUUAUCUCAGAUCUGAGGCCGAACAUGACUUUGGGACAACUGUGCAGCUCCGUGUUGCUUUAUCACACAGGAAUUCAGGAUACAAUCAGGAACAUUUGAUAAACAUUCUAUAAAUGAAACUUCUAUCCAUGGUUGAUUAUACCGGGUCUUCUUUGGUUGUUGUUGAGGCACGUUAAAAGUUCAAACACGCAACUUCAAGGCUGGGAUUUCUUGGAAAAUCACCUUACGCAGCUGUAGACUAAAUGCAGAUUAUAUUAUGAAGUCCAUCAAUUAAAUUAUCUAGAUUUAUACAUGUCCUUAAAGGGAUAGUUCACCCAAAAAUGAAAAUGUGAUGUUUAUCUGCUU